CAUGAUGCAGGCAGAACAGUAACGUUAGAGACUUACAGCCACCUGUCUGUGGAACUCAACAGGAGCCGAACCAGCGUUAAAACAAGCCCUCAGAGAGGAAGGGUAGAACCUGUCAUUAGGAUCCCUGGAUGCCCGCCGGUGCCCUCGCCCUGGCCGCACACGCAGACUCAAUGGCCAUCAGCUGACCCCUCCCCCCAGGAUGACGGUGAGAGAGCGGCUUCGGCAGAACAUCUCGGCUGCCUUCUACCGGCACGGCCUGCUAUGUGCCUCCUACCCGGUUCCCAUCAUUCUCUUCACCUCUGCCAGCAUCCUGACCUGCUGUUACCCUCUGCUGAAGCUGCCUCUGCCAGGAACAGGGCCUGUCGAGUUCACCACUGGAGUACGAGAUUACUCUGUUCCAUCCCAUGAGUCUCAGGGCAACCUGUCGGAGCGCCCUGAUUGGUAUCGGGGUCCUCCGGUGGCCUACAUCCAGCAGGUCCUGGUCAAGGCAGCAGUUUCACCAUGGGACAACAGUCUGGUUCCUGUGGAUGUGUUCCGCUCUCCCCUUGGGCGCGUUUUCAGUCUCCUGGAGGAGAUCAGAAACCACAUUUACACAGACAGAAGUUUGGAGGCACUGUGCUUGCAGGUAACGGACCUGUUGCCAGGGUUGCGGCGCAUGCAGGCGGUCCUUCCAGAGCACGGCUGCCUGCUGGUUUCCCCUGGUAACUAUUGGCAGAACCGGCGUGACCUGUUUGAUGCAGAUCCAGACCUCCUGAAGACAGUCCACCAACAUGAACCCAAAGGCCUUCAUACUUCAGCCACUCUGAAAGAUUUACUCUUUGGUGUCCCGGGGAAGCAGACAGGUGUAAGCCUGUACAGCAAGAAGAGAGUGGUGACAUACACCAUCACAAUUGCACUAAGCUCCUAUGAUGCAAGGUUUGUAGCCAGUCUCCGAGCCCGUCUGAAACUGCUUCAUCCUUCAGCGAACUGCACUCUGCGUGAAGACCACAUGGUACAUGUCCAUUUCAAAGAGGAGAUUGGCAUCGCUGAGCUCAUCCCUCUGGUCACCACCUACAUUAUCCUCUUUGCUUAUAUCUACUUCUCCACCCGAAAGAUUGACAUGGUGAAAUCCAAAUGGGGCUUGGCGCUGGCUGCUGUGGUGACGGUUCUCAGCUCUCUGCUCAUGUCUGUGGGACUCUGCACCUUGUUUGGCUUGACGCCCACGCUGAAUGGAGGGGAAAUCUUCCCUUACCUUGUGGUGGUAAUUGGUUUGGAGAAUGUCCUUGUCCUCACUAAGUCUGUUGUGUCAACGCCUGUCGACCUUGAAGUCAAGCUGCGUAUUGCUCAAGGUCUAAGCAAUGAGAGCUGGUCCAUAAUGAAGAAUAUGGCAACUGAACUGUGCAUCAUCCUCAUUGGAUACUUCACAUUUGUACCAGCAAUUCAGGAGUUCUGUCUGUUUGCUGUGGUCGGUCUGGUGUCCGAUUUCUUCCUGCAGAUGUUUUUCUUCACCACUGUGCUGUCUAUUGACAUCCGCCGCAUGGAGUUGGCUGAUCUGAACAGGCGUCUCCCGGCAGAAGCGGGGAUGCCUCCGCCUAAACCGGGCCCUUUGCGUCCACGAGAAACACCUCCACCACCCCGCCCUUCUCCCCACACCAUCACCCUGCAGGCUCCUGCUUUCCGGAACCUCCGCUUGCCCAAGAGGCUCAGGGUGGUGUACUUCCUAGCCCGCACUCGCCUGGCACAGAGAAUCAUCAUGGUUGGCACUGUGAUCUGGAUUGGGAUCCUGGUCUACACGGACCCUGCUGGUCUGAGGACUUUCCUUGCUGCCCAGGUGUCAGAGCAGAGCCCUCUUGGGGAGGCGGGGCUUCCGCCUCACUUGGGCGUUGCUCCAGUAUUUCCUGGUGGAGACCCAACCAGCACACUGAGCGUGCUUCCUGCCCCCGAACCCACUCCUCUACCUGAAAACCAAUCCCAGGGUCACCGAGCAGCCCGCCCAGGAGUUGCCCCUGUGUCCAGCCCCCAGAUCACUUGGGGCCCUGAGGAUGAGGAGCUGUGGAGGCGGCUUUCUUUCCGCCACUGGCCCUCACUCUUUAGCUAUUACAAUAUCACUCUUGCAAAGAGGUACAUCAGCAUUCUUCCAGUCAUCCCCGUCACGCUCCAUCUCAGCCCGCAAGAGGCCAUAGACACACGCCAUCCCCAGGAUACACACCACGCUCCUCCUCCCAGCAUCAAGACCUCCGAUCUGCAGACAGAUCUCACACUCUACAAGGUGGCAGCUCUUGGACUUUUCGCUGGCGUGGUGUUAGUUCUCCUACUCUUCUGUCUGUAUCGUGUGCUCUGCCCUCGGAACUAUGGGCAGAACGGGGUUCCCCAUGGUCGCCGUCGCCGUGGAGACCUGCCCUGCGACGAAUACGGCUACUCGCCGCCAAUCAGUGAAAUUUCCCCUCUGCUGCUGAGAGGCCACAGCAUGGACAUUGAGUGUCUGGCCAGUGAUGGCAUGCUGCUGGCCAGCUGUUGUCUGGCGGGAAGUGCUUGUGAGGCCGAGAGCCUUUUGGGGGCAGACUUUAGGGAACCAGGAGGAGUAGCGAUGGGAGGGCCAGAUGUAGAUAUUUUCCCAAUAAGGAGGAGGACCAACCCUGCACGCCCUGCCCUGUUUGGGGACCAGCCAGACCUCACCCCUCUCAUUGACACCAACUUUGGGUCAUUGCCCCCAUCUCAGACUUUAAGCAGCUCUGGCUUUGAUUUCGGGGAAUUGGUGGAGAAAGCAUACCAGGAGCAUGAGCCCUCGCCAACACUGGCCUUCCCACCUUCUCCUCCGGCUUCACAGCAAAGGCGACGUAGCCUCGGGGACCAGCCUGUCUUACCACCAGAGCUCCCCCCGCAGAGCAAUGGUGACUGGGACAGCUCGGUGUGGGCCAUGGAGCUGAGGGGUAACCUCAUUGCCACGGGUCGCAGCAGCGGAAAACUGGAGCUGUGGGAUGCAGUAGAGGGAUCAUUACGGUGCAGUAAUGAAGAUGGAGUAUCUGGAAUCACUGCCUUGGCUUUUCUUAAUAACAGAAUUGUGGCAGCUCGCUUAAAUGGCUCACUGGAUUUCUUCACAGUGGAGAUCAACAAGCCUCUGGGGUUGCUUCAAUAUCGCGGACCCCCAGGCCGAGGCAGUCUGCCACCCUCCCCCUGUUACAGCAGUGAGGAUGUGAUCAGCUGUCAGCUGACGCGCUCAGUGCAGUGUGCCCACCAGAAGCCCAUCACUGUGCUCAAAGCUGCCGCUGGCAGAGUGGUCACUGGCAGCCAGGACCAUACAGUCAGGGUGUAUCGUUUGGAGGAUUCUUGUUGUCUCUUCACCCUGCAGGGCCACUCAGGUGGUAUAACUGCUAUAUACAUAGACCAGACCAUGGUUCUAGCCAGCGGGGGCCAAGAUGGCGCCAUCUGCGUGUGGGACGUCCUAACAGGCAGCCGGGUGAGCCACGUUUACGGUCACCGUGGUGAUGUCACCUCAUUGGUUUGCACAACUUCCUGUAUCAUUAGCAGUGGGUUGGAUGACCUCAUUUGCAUUUGGGACCGUAGCACAGGCAUAAAGUUGUACUCCAUACAACAGGAGGUGGGCUGUGGGGCCAGUUUAGGGGUGAUCUCUGAAAGCCUGCUGGUGACGGGAGGACAAGGUUGCGUGUCGUUUUGGGACCUGAACUAUGGGGACCUGCUGCAGACGGUGUACCUGGGCCAGAGCAGCGAAGGUCAGGGCGUCAGGCAGCUCCUGGUUCUGGACAAUGCUGCCAUAGUCUGUGACUUUGGUAGUGAGCUCAGCCUAGUCUACGUGCCCUCUGUUCUGGAGAAGCUGGACUGAACACACACACAAACACCAGCCCACAGAUUUAGCAAAUUUUCAGAGUGGCCGGCACAAAAGCACUCACCCUUUAACCUGAAUCACCACAGGUUCAUUGCAGACAUGAAUGAUGUUUCUCGUGUCCUCUCAUGUACCACCCUACACUUAGUAGGGAGGGAGUGGUCACUUUAUACCACAUCUGAACAGGAUGUAAAUGCAAAACCUGAUUGUUUGGUGUUCAAUAGGCCUCUGAUGCUCCAUCAGAGCAUUUUGUACUUUUGGUAGAACAUCAUACAGAUUAUUCUGUGUAUGAAUCCAGACAGAAUUGCAUAGCUGCUGACAGUGAGAGGUGGCUCGCUUGGCCUGUCUUAAGAUGUCUGUUUGCGUGGAUGUUAACAAGCUCACGGUGAGAAUGCCAGGCCACCCAGCCCAGAAACUCUCAACUGUGUGACAGCUAGAGGUGAGAGAGUUCACAAUAAUAUGUUUGCAGAGGGAGAGGAGGAACGAAAGGUGGUCGUUGGGACAGAAAAAGGCAUAGAUAUUUCCUGCUGAAAGGAGUGUGUUCUUUGCGUGCAACAGUGUUUGAGUGUUUGAAUCUUCAGAAGUGUUCAGGUCACAUUGCACCCCAUAAUCAAAAGAAUUCUUUGAGGUUUGAUUAAAGACUCAAAGCUUGAACAUCUUAGCAACCGCAUAGGAAUUCCUCUUGCAACCUUGCAUAAAGACCGUAAACCUAAUUUAGGACCAAUCAUAUAUAUAUUUUUUAUUUUAAUGACAAUUAAA